AUGCCCAAGAAAAAGACUGGGCAAAGGAAGAAGGCGGAAAGGAACAAGGCUCGGCUGAAAGAAAUUCGCCAAGGCCGUUUCAAUAUCCCCUUGGCCAAUCAUCCCUGUAACGCCAACAUGGAGUGUGAUAAGUGUCAGAAAACGCAGAAGAAUCGCGCCUUUUGCUACUUUUGCCGGGCGGUGCAGCGACUGCCGAUGUGCGCUCAAUGUGGCAAGCAGAAGUGCAUUCCAAAAGGUGACUGCGUCGUAAAACACGGUUCCACACACGUCACUGGUCUGGCCAUGGUGGGUGCAAUCUGUGAUUUCUGUGAGGCCUGGGUGUGCCAUGGACUGACUUGCUUGCAAACACACGCUUGUUCCUGUCCCAUGCAGGACUCCACAUGUGUAGAGUGCCACCGAGAUAUCACCGAACAUGGCGGUCGCAUGUUCACCUGUGCUUUCUGCGCCAAACUUCUUUGUGGUGAUGAUCAAUUUGAACAUCAGGCCAGUUGCCAGCGUCUGGAGUCGGAGACUUUUAAGUGCCCAUCUUGUAACCGCAUCGGGUCGAACGCCUGCAUGAGAUGCAAAGUCAUUUUCUGCGACGACCACGCCAAACGCAAAGGUUUCAAAUACGCGCCAGACCAGCCACUUCCAUGCCCUAAGUGCGGUCAUCCUCUGGACCAAUCCUUCUGUCUGAGCAUUUCGACUCGGCAAUAUGCCUUUGGAAGGCAGAGGCAGAACCUUGAUGAGGAAGAAGGAGGUGACUCCGACGAUUACGAUUAUGAUGAUCAAGUCGACAAGGGAUCCUCUGAAGGAGAUAUCGAAGGCGUAGAUGAAAGUGAGGUAGUUGAGGCCAUGGGCAAAGUAGAUCUCCAUGGUUACGAGCGGUAG